AUGAUGGAGCUUGAAAAUGAAUACGCGAGAACACGGUAUCUUGAUCGCAGCCGCCGAAUUGAACUGUCAGAUAUACUUAACUUAAACGAGCGUACAAUCAAAAUUUGGUUCCAGAAUCGAAGAAUGAAAGAGAAAAAAGAUAGGACAGAAAGUCUUGAAGAAAAUGAAGCGACAAGUACUACUGAGUUAUCCCCUGAAAACGUUCCAGUACAAAUGAUUGUGUACGAUCAUUAUCCUCAUAAUAACAUGGGAAGACUACCCCGAGAGGGCUACGUCGAACAUUUUCAGCCGAUAGUUCCUGCUAUCCCGACGCAACAUGUGGGAGCCUCAAUGGUUGCGGGCUGUCAUGACGCCAACUGCUACCCAGCAUACAUUUUAGAUAAUACUACGCAUCUAUCUCAACAAUUACAACAAGAUAAUAGUCUGAUAUCAGCGCAGUGUCCUCCAAUAAACAUGCAAGAUAUGCAUGCGUAUCCAAUUGAUAAUAAUAAAAGCGUCAUGAAUGACUUCAAAGAGGAAAUAAUGGAAAAUUCCUCAACUCAAUCUGAAAGUAGUAUUAAUGAUGCCUCUAAAAAUGAUGAUGAACAGAAUUGGGACUUAUCUUGGAUUCGUAGCAUUCACAUUGAUGAGGAUCUUCAAGAACAGAGCUAA